AGCCAUUUUAUUUGCUGUCGCUUGACAAGCCGGAGGUUUGAAGAAUAUUUUAUAAAUUUCUUCUGCCGACGUGGUUUAACAUUUGUGUUGAUGAAUAUUAUAUGAAUACACCACAAUAAAAUAUGGCGAGAUACGGUCAGAGACCGGAAAAUGCUCUUAAGAGAGCCAAUGAGUUUAUGGACUUGGAGAAGCCUGCAAGGGCGCUUGAUACCUUGCAGGAAGUGUUUCGAAACAAAAAAUGGGCUUACAAUUGGUCCGAAUCUGUCUUAGAACCGAUCAUGUUCAAAUACCUGGAACUAUGCGUCGAUUUACGCAAGUCUCAUAUUGCCAAAGAAGGGCUGUUUCAAUACAGAAACAUGUUUCAAUCAGUAAACGUUGGUUCAUUAGAACAAGUUAUCAGGGGAUAUCUCCGGAUGGCUGAAGAGCGUACAGAGUCUGCUCGAGAACAAUCCACCCAGGCAGUAAUUGACACAGAUGAUCUUGAUAACCUUGCAACACCUGAGAGUAUUUUGCUAAGUGCUGUCUCAGGGGAAGAUGCCCAGGACCGCUCUGAUAGAACAAUAUUAACACCAUGGGUGAAAUUUCUUUGGGAGUCCUACUGCCAGUGUCUGGAGCUCCUGCGGACGAAUGCACAUGUGGAGACCCUAUACCAUGACAUAGCUCGCAUGGCAUUCCAGUUCUGCUUGAAGUAUUCAAGGAAGACUGAGUUUAGGAAGCUUUGUGAUAAACUCAGAAAACAUCUUGAUGAUAUUUGCAAAUCCUCUCAGCCAGGCAAUGUUAGUAUCAGCAAGCCUGAAACACAGCAGCUCAACUUGGAAACCAGAUUGUUCCAACUGGACAGCGCCAUUCAGAUGGAGCUGUGGCAAGAAGCCUACAAAGCAAUAGAAGACAUCCAUAAUCUCAUGAACAUGUCCAAGAAGACACCAGUCGCCAAAACCAUGGCUAAUUAUUAUGGCAAGCUGGCUCUCGUCUUUUGGAAGGCCGGACAUUGCUUGUUCCAUGCAGCUGCCCUGUUAAAGCUUUUCCAACUGUCGAGAGAAAUGAAGAAAAAUAUCACUCAGGAGGAAUUGCAAAAGAUGGCAUGUCGAGUCUUGGUGGCUGUGCUAUCGGUCCCCUUACCAUCGCUUCAUCCUGAGUUCGAUCGUUUCGUUGAAACUGACAAGAGUCCUGUUGAGAAGGCACAGAGAUUAGCAGUGUUGCUUGGACUCGCUCAACCUCCGACCAGAGCUAGCUUACUGAAAGACGUGGUCCGUAUGAACGUGGUGUCGCUGGCGUCGCCACAGCUGCAGCAGCUGUACUCGUGGCUCGAGGUGGAGUUCGAUCCCCUGUCCAUCUGUCAGAACGUCCAGAGCGUCGUCAAAACACUGCAGGAGGAUCCUAACUCCCCGCUGGCACAAUACUCGGUGGCUAUAACGGAUGUAGCGCUGGUACGUCUCAUUCGUCAAGUCGCUCAGUGCUACGCCUGCAUUCAAUUCUCCAGACUGUUGGAGCUGGCUGCGACCGACGACCUCUUCCAUAUCGAACGUCUGCUCGUCGACUGUGUCCGCCAUAAUGAUAUGCAGAUACGGGUGGAUCAUGCUAACAAAUGUGUCCACUUCGGCGUGGAAGCUGGAGGCGGCGAAUGGUGUUCUACUGCUGACGAGGCGUGCGGCGGGGCCAUACUCCAGGCAACGCCCGCUGAACAGGUUCGCGAGCAGCUCGUCCGUGCUGCGGAGGUAGUUUCUCGUGCUGCUCAGACAUUGUUCCCAGCUCGUCGUCGUGCCGAUCGCGAGCGUGCUAGGGCCGCCAUGGUGCAGCACUAUCACGAGAACAAACACGCUGAACAUCAUCGCGUUCUACAAAGACAUAAGAUCAUAGAGGAGAGGAAGGAGUACAUUGAGAGACUCAACACUGUCAGGGAGGAAGAGGAGUUGCGCCGUCAAGAGGAGCAGUUGCGCGCAGCAGCGGCAGCGGAGGCACGCCGUCAAGAACAGGAAAGAGAGGAGAGGGAGAAGAGGAGACACGCCUCGGAACUAGCAGCAAUGAAGGAGAGGAAUCUGAGGGAGAGAAUCGCUCACAUCUCACAGACUAUGCACGGGAAGAAGGUGCUGCAAAAGUUGGAUGAGGAGGAUUUGAAGAAAAUGGACGCCGAAGCCAUUGCUCAACGCGAGGCCGAAGAACUGAUGAAGGAACGUCGGGAGCUUGCAGCUCGUCUUAAGUCUCAAGAGAAGAAGGUUGAUUACUUCGAGCGGGCCAAGCGUCUGGAGGAAAUUCCACUCCUACAGAAGAGUUUGGAAGAGAAGCAAGUGCAGGAUAAAGCAUUCUGGGAACAGCAGGAGAAGGAACGCAUCGCCCAACUCAUCGAGGCGCGUGGCCGUGAUGUAGCUACAGCAACACGUCUGUCUCGUAUGUCGAUGCACCGCGAACAGUUCACGACUCGACUGAACAGCGAGCGUGGCGCAUUGUACCACAGCAGGCUGGCAGAGUUCACCGAAACCAUCACCAGGGAGAGGGAGGCGCGACUCGCUCAUAGGAGACAGCAGAGGAUCGAGAAGAGACGAACAGAGUGGCUGACGGAGAAGCGUCGCAUGGAAGAGCGUGCUGCGGAGGAGGCUCGCAAGGCACAGGAGGAACAUGAGAGGAGGGAGAAGGAGAGAAAGCAGGCGGAGGAACUGGCCGCCCUCAAGGAGAAGAAGGAGAAGUCACUCAAGGAGCAUCAAGAAAUGUUGGCUAGGGCUGAAGCAAAGGCUCGCGCUAUGGAAGCUGAAGUCACCCGCAAGCUGGAGGAACAAAAAGCGGCCGCGUUGUCCAGCUGGAGGAGACCCGGACCGCCGGCCAAGGAACCAGAGAAGAAAGAACCCUGGCGGCCCAGUCGCCUUCGCGAGCCCGUUGCUGAUGAACGUCCACGCUCUCCAGGACGUAGAGAUGAAGAGAAACGCGAGGAAAGACCUCGCGAUAUUAGCUUCAAGGAUGACAGGCCAAGAGAAGAACGCAGCUACAGGGACGAUAAGAACAGGGAUGAUCGGCCGAGAGAUGACUCUGGAUGGCGUUCAGCUAACCGGGAUGCAGACCGGGAUAGGGAUAGAGAAAGACCGCGCUACACUGGUCGUUCAAGCGGCCCCGAGUCCGGCAGCUGGCGUCGUGGCCCUUCAGACCCAGCGCCCUCCGCCGAGCGUUCGUCAACUUGGCGCACCAAGGAGGCGUCUCGUGACGACCGUCGUGAUGACCGCCGUGAUGACCGCCGUGAUGAUCGUCGUGAUGACCGCCGUGAUGACCGCUACCGUGAUCCGCCGCGUGAUCGUGAUGGAUAUCGUGAUAGACCGCCGCCACGACGCGACGAGCGUGAUCCGCCUCGUAGAGAUGAUCGUGAUCGCCGCGAUGAUCGCGAACGUCGCGUGCCCCCGCGCAGAGAGGACAAACCCCGUGACCCGGACGACUUCCAAACCGUCUCCAAACGUUAAAACAUCCGAAAAGGACUUGGCAGUUUACAUUCAUAUAAAAUAGAAACUUAAUCAAUGUCAUAAUAAAAAUUUUACUUCUAAUAAUAUUAGUUGCAGUAAAAAAAAUAUUAGAAAUCUGUAUACAAUAUUACAUAAUAUUAUAUUCACAUAGA